CCGGACGUGGUGUCUGUCAGCGGCUUUUGGCUCAGAUUUUCCUCCUGCAGCUUCACUUCACUCUCAUUCACAGCAGACUGUCCCAGCCAGCAAGCACUGUAACGCACGCCAUGGCAGAGCAGGAUCCUACACCAGAGCAGCUGGCAGCGAUUGCAGCAGCCAAUGAAGAGGCCGACUCCGCGGUCAACUACAAACCUCCCGCCCAGAAGAGCUUACAGGAGAUCCAGGAGCUGGACAAAGAUGACGAGAGUCUGCGCAAGUACAAGGAGGCACUGCUGGGCGGUGCUGGCGUUGUAACAGUCUCAGAUCCCGGCGCCCCCAACGUUCAGGUGACGCGAAUGACUCUGCUGUGUGAGACGGCGCCACAACCUCUGGUCCUUGACCUGCAGGGAGACCUGGAAGGCUUCAAGAAGAACCCAUUUGUGCUGAAGGAGGGAGUUGAAUACAGAAUAAAGAUCAACUUCAAGGUCAAUAAGGAGAUCGUGUCAGGCCUGAAGUACAUUCAGCAAUCAUUCAGGAAAGGAGUUAAAGUUGACAAGUCAGACUACAUGGUGGGCAGCUACGGCCCCAGACCAAACGAGGAAUACGAGUUCCUCACCACCAUGGAGGAAUCGCCCAAAGGGAUGCUGGCCCGCGGCACCUACAACAUCAAGUCUAAGUUUACCGACGACGACAAACACGACCACCUCUCCUGGGAGUGGAGCCUCACUAUCAAGAAAGACUGGAAAGACUAAUUUGCCGCUCGCUCGCUCGCGCAUUCCAUUUACGUCUUCCUCUGCUUUGUCCCGCUUUCCUUUUCUUGCUGUCAUUCCGUGAUUUCUCUCUGGAUCGUGUGUUGUUUUAGGCUUUUGCUCUCUCCGUCCAUCAGCCCCCCUGGUAUCAUUUUCUCUUUCUAAAUUCCAAUCACGGCAUCAUUCCUCCCAUUUGUAACACUUAAUUUGUUGGCACCUGCAGUUCUGAUAAGUAUUAAAUAUGGAGAAAGCAAACAGUGUGCACAAUCCAGAUUUUCCAGUUAUGGUUUGUUUAUAAAAGGAAAAAAAAACAAGAAAAAAUACUAUCUGUUAGCUUCUCUUUGAAAAGCGAUGUGAUUUCCUAUCCUCCUCUCUUUUCUUCCCUCUUUCCUUUCCCUCGAUUUUUCAGAUUGUUUUGUACGAUUACCAUAAUCUGCCUUGGACAGCAUUGUGCAGGAAGCAGUAGCGCCGUAUGCACAUGGUCGCUGUACGGUCAUUGAGCAAUCUUUGCUGGACACAACUCAUGGACACAGCCCUCCUAAAGCCUUUGAGCAGAUUAUUUGUACUUGGGUCGUGUUAAAUUAUUUGGAAUUCAGGCCACCUCUUUUUCUUUUUUUUUCAAAUAGUUUAGCGCCCUGCAGACUCUGCUGAGAGAACAGGGGAAGCGAUUACCUCUAACCCUUCACGACCCCUCGCUUUAGUUGUGGCUGUGCCUCUCCUCAUCAGGGUAUUUUGGCAGUUUUUUUUUUUUAGCAGCCAUGUGGCCUUAACAACAACCGUUAGUAAGAAAUAACAACCUAGUUGAGCCAUUUGCCUUCACAAUACAUUCUAUAUUUGCCAGACCAUCACGUGAGCCUGUUUAACACAACUUGUAAUACCUGGACGAGGAAUCAGGACUAAGGAUUUAUUCCUUAUGUCUUUAUUUCAGGUUUGAUGAUUUGUGAAAGCCAUUCCAUGUUGGUGUCCAUGAUAUCACCUCUAUUUACAAACACCUUCUUCAUUCAGUACAUGUAGUUUUCGUAACUACUAAAUCACCUUUUUACAUCAUUCACAACAGCUUGAAAUGUAAGAAUCCAGGUUGUACUGAUGGCUUUCUGUCACCAAGUGUGUCCUCUGUUGUCCCUGAGGAUACUUUUUUUUUUUUUUUUUUCAGUGGGUCUGAGGUGUUUCUCAUUGACCUGAACACAGGAACUGUUAAACCGCUCACCUUGUAUUACUUUAAGUUAAAGAUUACCACUGCUGACUGUGCCUCCAGACUCUUACAACCACAUGCUGCUUCUGCUGACUCGCCGGCGCUCUGUGCUCAACAUCGCUGAGGGGAAACUUUGUAAUUGACUUCUGAACCAGUACAGAGACAGUCCUCAACCAGACACUGAUGGUUAACACAUCCUGCCAUAUAAAAGUGUUUUAUCGUUCUUUUUUUUUUAUACACUCCACAAGUAUGUGAAUGACGUCUGUCUGUUUGGCUUCAUUCAGCUCUCGUGUGUCAUGGACUGUUGUUUUUCUCUGUGGCUUGGUGAGACUCAAUGUGUGCUACCUGUAUCAGUUGACUGAUCUCCUGUGUUCACAUUAAAGUGUUCAGAUUGGGA